GCACACAGACAGUCCCUUAAAUCCUAUAUACGGAAGAAUUCAAUGUACCUCAGUGGGGUUUUAUGUACGUAUUUUAUUCUAUGUUCGUCAAUGAAUCAUUCCGAAAACUCGAAUGAAAAUGAGGUUUCUUUCCAUCAUUUUAUUAGCAUUAAUCGUCGCGAUAAAAGGAGAAAGUCCUCGUGUGACAGUCAAUGAAGGAACAUUGGUCGGGAAGACAGUGGAAUUUAGUGAGAAUCAGUUCAUCAAUGUCACCAAGAAUAUAGAUAUGUUUCUGGGUGUACCUUUUGCAAGUCCUCCGCGAAGGUUCUCUCCUCCAGAACCUAUGACGUCAUGGUCAGGAGAACGAAAUGCAACUGAAUUCUCACCAGCGUGUCAACAAGAUCCCUCAAACUCCCUCUAUUACCCAAUAACAUCAGAAGAUUGUCUCUAUCUAAAUGUAUAUACACCGAGUCCAAAGCCCUCUGGUAUACCUGUGAUGGUAUGGAUUCAUGGAGGAGGGUUUGUUACUGGUUCAGCAAUGACAUACAGUUACUAUGGAGUUCCAUUGGUUGCUGUUGGUGAUGUUAUCAUGGUUUCUAUCAACUACAGACUGGCAAUCUUUGCACAUUUGACAACUGGGGAUUCUGAAGCUCCUGGUAACAUAGGGAUGUUGGACCAAGUUGCUGCUCUGGAAUGGAUUUAUAAUAACAUCGAAUCGUUUGGAGGUGACAAAGACCGAAUCACAAUAUUCGGAGAGAGUGCUGGAGCAGCUAGCGUCGGAUUUCAUGUACUUUCCAAACUCAGUCGACCAUACUUCAGUCAAGCCAUUUAUCAGAGUGGAACAGUAUUUAAUCCCUGGUCAUUCAAAAACGAUCCUUCAGAAGAGAUUGAGAAUUCUCAAGAUCUUGGAAGAUCAAUGGGUUGUGAUGAUGUAACAUCUUCUGCUUCUUUGGUCUCUUGUUUAAGGGAUGUGGAUCCUAUAGCCCUAGGCCAAGCCGCUGACCAGGUUUACGGGCAAACAUAUCCAGUGACUUUAGAUGGAGUCUUCCUAGAUGAUACCCCAACUAAUCUGUAUGAGAAAGGAGACUUUGCUAACGUACCAAUCAUGAUAGGAUUUAAUAAAGAUGAAGGAACAUUGUAUGUUUUACAAGUCAUUCCCGAGUCCUUCGGUAGUCCGAUAGCACCUCAUAUUAACCGUACAUACUUCGAAAUUUACGUUCGAUCUCUCAUGAUUAUUUAUGAACGCAACGAUGAGAUCGUCAAUGAUGCCGUGUUCCAAGAGUACAUAGACUGGACAAUGGCUGAUGACCCUACUGCUGAUUACUUUCGAUCAAUGGUUGAUUUUAGUGGUGAUUUUGAUUUCGCUUGUUCAUCUGAUAUGGUGAUGAGGAAGCAUGCACAAGCUGGUGGCACUGUCUAUAAGUAUUACAUGACACACGAUCCUACUGAUUCCAUAUACAAGUACGGUGAUAUCAUUCCUGAUAUACCUUGGAUUGGAGCUGGUCACGGGGAAGAUCUGACCUUUGUCUUUGGUUAUCCAUUCAUUGAAGAACUUAAAGACAUCAUGGGUCAUACCUUAACAGACGAAGAAAAGGCACUCUCUGUAAAGAUGAUGAAAUUCUGGACAAACUUUGCCAAAUCAGGAAAUCCCAGCAAGUCAAGUUUGGAUGGUGAAGAAGGAGAAGGAGAGGAUUUCUGGCCUUUGUAUACAAUCCCCGAACUGAACCACAAGGAGAUAUCCCUCCAGUUAGGCCAAGGAAGAGCUAUUAGGGCUCGGCAGUGUCAUUUCUGGAAUGAAUAUGUUCCAAAACUUCAAGUUUUUUCAAAUUCAAUUGACGAUGAAGAGAAGGCAUGGCGAGAGAGUUAUAAUGGAUGGAAGGAUGAAAUGACAGAAUGGCAACAACUCUUUGAUGAAUAUAAAAAACAACCUACAUGCAAUUAGAAACACUCAUUUUGGACCGUAUGUGCCUCUCUGGACAAGUGAAAUGCAUGUGUGAUCAUAUUCAUCAACCUUUUUAUAUCUUGCUGAGGGAUGUUUCAAUGAUUAGUUUAAUCAUUUGAACUUGACGGAAUCUGUCGGUAAUAAUUAUAUAUAAUAUUAUGUGGAUCUUUGUUGUAUUUGAAACACUUACUAGACUUCUGAGCUUUAAUUGUCUUCACAGCCUUCAUUCACUAUCUAUAUUGAUUUCACUAUAGGCAAAACUGAUGUCUAUAUCUUUACUGUAAUAUUUUAGAACAAGUGGUGAGUGAUUUAUGAGUUUUACCUUUUCACCAGACUUCAACAUUUCGAGAAAGACCACAGUGUCAACAUGUGCGACGUCAUACUUUGUCCAGAUAAUUUACUGACUUCUUACAGCUUUAUAUUCUGGUAAUUCAAUAUGUUGCAAGAUGCAGUACUACAAUCCACGAUAUUAAAGUACAUCCUAACAAAGCAGCAAAUUAAACAGAAAUAAUUUCUCCCGUAAUUUCUUCCGUGAGUGGUUGAACCUAUUCUUUUCCAUUUCUCUCUCUUAUUCUGAUUACUAUGUUGUUAUUAUUUUGUUUAUUCAUGUGAACCAUGUGCUUAAGUUAACAGGGUUCCCAGCCCAUCAGGGAAAUCAGGGUAGAUUAUUUAACUUUUUUCCAGUUAUAAUAGGGAAAUAUCAGGGAAUUUGAUUUUGUUUUAAUACUUCAAAUCAGGGAAUUUUGAUUGGCUCAAAAGUUGAAAGCACGGUAGUCAGUCCGACUAUUUAGUUGCAUUUCAAAACAAUAUCAGUUUCUCAACAGAGGUUGAUUAAAUCCCAGGAAGCAUAGCAGCCAUCAUUUUCAAAUUUGAAAUGGACUUUUGAUAUCAUAAUGUAGGCCUACAAUGAAACUAUAUGUCUGUAUUCAGAAUUUUGCCGAUGUCCUCAUUUUAUUCCCUUCAAAAUUCAUACAUGGUUCUAAAUUCCACCAGUCUACAGUACGUAUUUGCUAUCAUAUAUAUAUAU